AUGUUACAAAAAGUUGAGUCUACUGAUGUAGGUGUUAAAGAAAUGAAGGGCGAUUUCUUCGGUAUAAGUCAAAUGGUGGAUUCUCACACCACUUCUAUCAAGCAGAUAGAGCAACAGUUGGGACAACUAUCAGCAUCACUAAACCAGAGAAAGAAUGGGUCACUACCAAGUGAUACUAUUCAGAAUCCCAAGAAAGAUGGACACUGCAUGGCCAUCACCACCAGAAGCGGUAAGAUUCUUAAUGAACCAGUAUCUGUAGGUACUAAGCAGGAACAUGGUAUGGGGAGAGAUGAAGAAGAAGAUGUUGACGCUGAACAUGUAGAUGAUACAGAAGAAGCCCAACCAACAAAAAAACUUAAGAAGAAAGCUGAGGAUGGGAAAUUUGCAAAAUUCAUAACUAUAUUGAGACAACUAUCAGUGAACAUCCCAUUGGUGGAAGCUCUGGAGAAGAUGCCAAGAUAUGCUAAGUUCAUGAAGGACUUAGUCACAAAGAAACAAAUUACAUGUUUUGAAUUAUCUGACAACAUUCAUCAUUGUAGUACUAUUGCUAGAAGAUCUUUGGUGCAGAAAAAGAAGGAUCUAGGUUCACUCACUAUACCAUGCACCAUCAGAUCAUUUGAGUUUGCAAAGGCCCUAUGCGAUUUAGGUGCAAGUAUAACUCUGAUGUCUCUAGCCAUUUACAAGAAAUUGGGCUUGGGGAUUCCAAAUCCCACCGCGAUGAGGUUUACGAUAACAAAUAAGUCAGUAAAGCAGCCUACAAAAGACCAUUUUUUGGCUACAUGUCAAACUUUGCUUGAUGUUGAGAGCGGAGAGAUGAAAUUCAGGCUCAACAAUGAGGAGGUAAAGUUUAAGAUAUGCAGGUCUAUGAAGCAACUACAAGAUAGUAAUGUGGUGUCUCCAAUAGUGGUCUUUGAUGAAUGGGAGCUGGGAGCUGCUAUUGAGGAAAUGUCUGAUGUUGAAACAUUGAAAGCCAUGCUAAUGAAUUUUGAAGAAGACUUCUAG